AUGCCUAGAAAAAGAAGUUACAAAAUGAAAAAAACGAGACACGGUAGCACGGGUUCGGAAAGUCAAUCACCUCUACUACCCGGAAGUAGUGGCGACAGUUGGGAAAGUAAUUUUUCAAAUGGUAGCAGAAGACCCUCUGCAGAAUCCGGUGGUGGCGAUGGUGGUUUAUUUGUUAACGUGAGCGUACCCAUAUCCCCGGAAAAUCACGACGGUGAUAACAUUGGUAUCGACGCGGACGGUUGUUUGACAGAUCGCGGUAAUAAAUCUCAUAAAAAUAUUAAAUGCAAGUCGUGGGAACUUGAAAAAUUUUUAAAAGAAUACAGAUCUCUACAGGAUCAAUUGUAUAAAAUGAAAGAAUCAUGCGAAAUAUUAAACGAAGACAACAUAAUAAAUUAUAAAGAUGGAGACGAACGGAAUCUUCUUAUUGGCCUCAUCCGAGAAAUAAUAAAUUCCUCGAUACGGUAA